CUUCGCUCAAACUGGGGUUUCUAGCUCACAAGCUAUCUCUGAAUAAACCAAUAAUGCCCAUUACCCAAAUGAAUGCUCGCAGCAUCCCGAUUCCCACCGAGGUAUGGGUGAUAGUCGGUAAUCUUCGCGAUACUGGCAAGGGCGCCACGUUAUCUUCUGUUGCUCAAUCCUGCAAGUUCCUUUCCCACGUUGUUCAACCCAUCCUCUACGAGAGCCCUACCGGCAUUGAUCAUCGCCCAAGAAUCCUCUUCAGGAACUGUUAUAACAUCUUCUUCCGAACAGUCGCAACAAAUAAGAGACUCGCAUCGUUUGUCAGGAACAUCAAUGCCCGACGGUGGGAAGACGACAGGUUAGAUAAUGGCUGGGAACUGCUCCAAUGUGUCGCCAGACAAAUUGGCAUGGAACGAGGAGUCGCCCAAGAAAUGGAAGCCCACAUCGAAGAUGCUAUACGGGCUAUGGAAAGAUUCAAGCACGAUCCACACCUGCGGCACCUCCUCCCGAAUCUCCGGUCAAUGCAGUUACUGCCCUGUCUCCUCCCGAACCUCCGGGAUCUCAGUAUAGAGCUCAAUCUUUCUUUUGAUGUCCUGCACUCCAUCGUCGUUUGCACGGCCAAAUCUCCCUCGAUUAUGUUCCCGUCUCUUGAACGGCUGGAGAUCAGCGUCUGCGAACUCAACCGAGGGUUCGACAUCGACCAUGUACGCUACCUGCUAAAGCAGUGCCCAAACCUCGCCCACCUCAAGCUCACUGGGUGCUCAGGAUUAUGGCAGCCCAAGAACCCGAACCCAGAUGACCCGAACCUGGAGAGAUUCGAGCACUUGACCAUACUUGCGGUGGACUACGGUUACAUAUCAUCUGACGAUUUUGCGCGUCUGUUCCGACUCUGUCCUCGGCUAGAAUCAUUCUCUUAUAGCUCAGGGGGUUAUGAAGUCCUAGGUCGAGGCGAUGAUAACCCUGAAGUCUUGUCAGUGGAGGUUAUUGACUUGUUGCGUCCGGCGCAGUAUACUUUAAAGCGUCUUAAGCUUGACUUCAGGUUUUCGACCAAUGUUGUCCUGAACUGGAACGCAGAUCGUGCGGAUAUUAUCAGCAGGCUACAAGGGUUCUAUGUUCUCCAAGCGGCCGAGCUGGACGGGGAGAGCUUGCUUGAGGGACAAAGCAGCAAUAAUCACAAAAGUCUACUGGAUCGGAGACAUCUGUAG